CUUGUCACGCCUGAUUUCACUACAGUCAACUAAUUGGUGGCCGAGUGUUUGCUCGAGUACUGCGAUACGCUGUUUGCCUUGCUGCAGUCUUUUACAGUUUCUCCUACAAGUUUGAAAGAAAUAAGCUGCGAUACGGUAUGGAUGCGAGGAAACCUGUUCGGUAUGGGGGUGUGAUUUAUGUAAACGAGGAAAAAUUGGGAAAAUAUAAAAAAUUACAUAGCGCAGUAUGGCCUGCAGUUUUGGACCGACUAGCAAAAAGCAACAUACGAAAUUUUACGAUCUACUUCUGCAAAGAACUCGGUGUUUUGUUUUCGCACAUGGAAUAUAUUGGCGAUGACAUUGAGAAAGAUAAAGCUGCCAUAGCAGCUGACCCGACAACUAAAGAGUGGUGGAAGGUUUGUGAACCAUGUCAGAAGCCUCUACAAUGGGAUGGGCCACCGCCGUCACAAGGGGGAACUGGAGGCGACUGGUGGGCGCCACUGGAGGAGGUCUUCCACGACAACCACACUCCAACGUCGUACACCUGAUUCUGCAUAGCUUAAAUGCGGCUUCUUACGAAGACUUUAAUAUAUUGUAUUCAAAUCAUCGAGACGCCAUAUGCAAUUGUAUUUUUCUGAUCCAUUCUCCUAUUAAUGAAUGUUAUACAAUACUGCUACAUACUUUCAAUGAUAACAAAUAAAUUUCGCAAAUUCA